AUGGGCAAUCCUCAAUCGAAAAAUUCUGUUUGUUCAGCGAUAAAACCAUCCACCACUUAUCGUUAUAUUGAUGGUCGCCGAUUUCAAAAUAUCGAAAAUACAAGAUAUUUAAUGCCAGAUGAUGACGAAGAAAUUUAUCGGCUACAACGUCAACAUUUCUUAUUUCGAUAUCUUUGGGAUUCUAAUUUUUCGGCACCAAUUGAUGAUAUAUUACGAGAAGAAAAAAGUGAAGUUUUAGACGUUGGUUGCGGGCCCGGAGCAUGGCUAAUGGAAUUAGCUCAUGACUAUCCCCGCUCAAAUUUCACUGGAAUUGAUUUAGUAGCAACAUUUCCAUCUCAGAUAAAACCACCAAAUACCACAUUUAUCCAAGGAAAUGUUCUUAAUGGUUUACCAUAUCCUGAUAAUUUCUUUGAUUUUGUGCACAUGAGACUUUUGGUCAGUUCUUUUUCAGAAAGUGAAUGGGAAACUGUCAUAACUGAAUUAGUUCGAGUAACGAAACCUAACGGUUGGAUAGAAUUAUGCGAAACAGAUUUUCGAUGGUUUAAUGACGGUCCAAUGUCAAAAAAAUUAACUAUGGCUUUACGCAAAAUGAUUGAAUCAAGAGGUGCAGUUGGUAUUGUAACACCUCUAAUUCACAAUAUAUUAAAGAAUCAUCCUUCUUUAACAAAUCUUCAAGAUGAAUAUAAAGAAUUACCCUUCGGAAGCUGGGCUGGAAGGUUAGGCGAAAUUGCUAAUGAAGAAUGUUUGGUCGGAGCGUUAAGUGGACUUUCCGCUGAAUUAUCAGCAAUCAUGAAUGUUAGUCAAGAAGAAUAUAUCAAUAUUCUAAAAUCACUUGGCGAUGAAAUGACCAAUUAUAAAGCAUUCUCUCGAAAUCACAGAAUUUACGCACGUAAAUUUUGA